CUCAAUACGAGACGGACCACGAUGGGUCUAGGAGAGUCGUCAAAGGACGCAGGCCUGGCACCCUCUGUCGGCCAAGGUGCAGGUUCCGCUAAGCGGGUGCGGUCUGACGACCAAGAGGGGGAUGAGAGGAUUAACCGCGAAGUGAAGGAGGAAACACCCGAGCCUGACGAACACUAUGUGACCUUUCGAUCAGAUGUCGUCGGGGUUCAAUACUAUAGAGGCCUCGUCGGCAAAUUUGAAUAUGUCUCGCUACGCCGCCAGCCAGAGAACCAAUAUGAUUCCAGUGCUGUACAGGUCGUAAACACCUCUGGUAUCCAGGUCGGGCAUAUACCUCGCGCAGUCGCCGCAAAGCUGGCGUUCCUCAUGGACGGUAAAGUCAUUAGCGUGGAAGGUCGCAUGGUUGGCCAGAAUCUCGACGGAGCGAAGCAUUUCAAAUUGGCCAUCGACGUAUCAAUUUAUGGAAGUCCCCGACACAAAGAGACGGUCAUGCAAGAGCUCUCAUGGGCUGUCAAACCUGCCCCAAGCCCUCCGACUCCAAGCAAAGGGAAAGGCAAGGGUCAUGUACUGGGGACAGGCGCCGAAGUCCAUGGCUCAGCUGGCAGUGGCACUGGUCUGCCCACGGCUCCCGUGGACGAAGAGAUGAGAAGGUUGCUGGACGGUCUCAAAAAGAUCGGAGAGGAUGAGAAGCACGCCGACAGUAUCAUGGACUCGUUGACAUCUGACAUCGAUGUAUCCAAACUCCCCCUCCAUCCAUCUCCCCCUGGAAUUCAAGAUGGGACCCUUAAGACUGACCUCUUGCCUCACCAGUGUCAAGCCCUUCAGUGGAUGGUAUCACACGAGCAUCCCGUCCUACCCUCCAAAGUUGGCGAGCCUCCGGUUCAAUUCUGGACAAGGCAAGAGGACAAGGCCACCAAGUCGACGUAUUGGCUCAACGCCGCCACACGAUCGCCACAGAAAGAGACUCCCCUGCUUGGCAGAGGCGGGAUUGUAGCUGAUGGCAUGGGUCUCGGUAAAACCCUGACGGUUCUCUCCUUGAUUCUGGCGACGAAGAGUGCCACCAAAGAGCCGUCAAAAGCCACCCUGAUAGUUUGCCCACUGUCCGUCGUCAGCAAUUGGGAAAAGCAAAUCAGAGACCACGUCAGUCUGGGCAAGCUCUCCUCGUACACAUAUCACGGAGCCAAUCGAGAGGUCACAAAUGCGACCUUACACUCCUAUGAUGUCGUCAUCACGACGUAUCAGACGGUGGCGAGCGAAGCCCCAGCUGAGGUGUCCGGUGGCAUAGCCUCCAGCCAGACGAAGAAGGCCAAGCUUUCCAACGGGGCUCUAUUCGCCGGUCCAUGGAAGCGGAUCGUGGCCGACGAGGGUCACGUCUUGAAGAAUCCUCGAGCAAAGAUGACCAAAGCUUUCGCAGCACUGGCGGCUGAGCGCAGGUGGAUCUGCACAGGAACACCUAUUGUCAAUUCGCCCUCCGAUCUCGGCUCCUUACUCACAUGUCUACGCUUGUGUGCACCAUUGGACAAAACAGACUACUUCAAGGCACUCCUGCUUCGUCCUCUGCGCAAUGGCGAUCCAGCGGCGGGCAAACUACUCCAAGCCCUCGUAGGACAAAUCCUCAUUCGUCGAACCAAGGAUACCAAGAAUGCUGCUGGUGAACCGAUCGUCCAGCUGCCACCGAUAGAAUUCUUCCAAGUCCCAGUACAGCUCGACGAGGAUACGCGACUGCUGUACGAUGAAGUGCUGGUAACCAGUCAGAGACGUUUCCAAGAAGCACUCAGUGGUGGACAAGGAGGCACCGCGAAUAUCCUGUCGCUUUUGACCCGCAUGCGCCAGCUCUGUCUUUGUCAGGAACUGGUUCCGCAGUCCUUUUUCGACGAGUUGCGGCGCAAGCCAACUGAGCCGGCCGGAGAAACGAUGGCUAUCUCCAGCAUGUCGGAUGAGCAGCGUGAGGGGCUUGUUGAGAAGCUUCGAAGAUAUGUCGCAGACGAAGAGGAUUGCUCUAUCUGCUUCCUCGCCCCAUUGCGUCAACCGACCAUCACCGACUGUGGUCAUUCUUACUGCCACCCCUGCAUCGACGAGUGGCUCAAUCGCGACCUGAAUUGCCCGCAGUGUCGUCAUGCCAUCACAAGUGCAUCAUUGCUAUCUUUGCCCGCCGAAACCUCAGACUUUGUCGAACCGGACGACAACGCUAGCGCUGUCAAGUCUGCCAAAAUCACAGAGCUGGUCAAAUACCUCGAAUUAUUCGACAUGGGUGAUAAGACACUUGUCUUUUCUCAAUUUACAAGCUUUCUGGAUCACGUUGCUGCAACGCUGAAGCAGAGAGGCAUCUUGUUCUGCCGAUUUGACGGAUCCAUGCCGGGCAGAAAGAGGGAAGAAGUCAUUCAAACCUUUCAGAAUCCGGUGACGGAGAAAAACGUGGCGACCAAUCCCCGGGUGAUGCUCAUUUCUCUCAAGUCUGGAGCCGUCGGUCUCAAUCUCACGACAGCAUCCAAUGUUUUCCUGUGCGACCCUUGGUGGCAAUCUGCGAUCGAGGCGCAGGCCAUCGACAGGGUGCACCGUAUGGGUCAGAAGAAGCCGGUGCGAGUCUUUCAGCUCAUUGCAGAAGAUACAAUCGAGUCUAGGGUGUUGGAAAUUCAAAAGCACAAGGAUGCGUUGGUGGCAAAGGCAUUUGAGAAGACCAGCAAGGGAUCUGGAGGGUCCAACCCACAGGACAAGCGUCGAGCGAGAUUUGACGAGUUGAAGGCGUUGUUAUUAGGCAGUAGUGUAGCUGAGAAAUCAUGAUUUCAAUGGGCGCUUCGAUGGUCGGCCUGCGCCGCUUUCUGGUCAUCAGCGUGUCAUCACGAUCGACAUGGGGGCGGGAGGGGGGAAAUAUUAGACGAUUAGGAUUUUGAGCUCUUCCCCAUUAGGUCUGAUGUGGCAUAUCGAUUAGGAGGUUAGAAGAAGAUCCUAAUCAAUGUGCCAGCGGGUGAGUGAGCGAGUGAGUGAGUGAGGCGCACAUGUAGAGAGUACGAGCGGAUGAACGACCUUUUGACGAGGUUUCACGAGACCGCAGCGAAUGCAUGCAUGUAUCAUGACGUUGAAUGCAG